AUGGCGAGUAGCGAUGGGUCUUGGAAACGGUGGUGGUUCAAGUGGUGGCCCUUCCUCUGCCUCCUCAUCCCGACGGCUCUCAGCAUCACACUCCUCGUCGCUUCCAUCCAGGAAUGGACCUUUUCGAAACCCGCGUCCGACUUCAUCCGGACCAACCGCGCCUCCGUGCAGCUGGCUAUACAGGUCCUGUCGGCCCUGCUGGCCCUCAUCCACAGCGUUGCCGUCUGCAACCUGGUGGCGAAUAGCGGGAGACUGCGCCUCGCCAGCAGGGGCUCUUUUACCAUGGGCCAGCUGAAAGGCUGGGCCCAGAUGGCCGCCCCCAAGAUGGCGCUCAACGUCCCGAUGCUCUACUUCAUCCUCGCCAGCCUCGUCACGUCGCUCAGCAUCGUCUCGGCGGCCUUUUGGGUCGGCGUCAUGACGCCCGUCGAAGGCAGGGCUUUCUCCAACGGAACCAUUGCCAUCCCGUCCUUCGCCAGCCUCAGCCUGAUGGGCGAGUAUCCCUCCGAGGCGAAGCUGCCCGAGGGCCAGCGGGGAGCCCCCGAAAGCUUUACCGAAUACGGCUUUUUCACCUACAAGUUUGUUUACGUCGGCCGUUCGUACGGAACCGGAGCCGCGGUGGGCAUCCGGGACAAGGACAUUUCGGAAGCUUACUUUCCAGCAGGCCGGCCCACGUCCUACCAGUACCUCGAAACGAGCUACAACAUCUCGGCCUCUUGCGGCUACAACGCUAGCGCCGACUUCAGGAUCGGAAAGGCGAGUCCGGCGUUCCCCUGGGUCUAUCCGGCCCGAGGCCGCCUCCCCAACAGCACGAUCGAAAAGUAUUCCUCCUACUUUGGGAUGACACCAAAGGCCAUCGUCGCCAUGGGCGUGGCCGCCGGGAUCCGGAGGCCGCGCUACGUGGGCAUCGCGGCGGGAGAGUUCUACAAGCAGCUCAACACCAUCCAGUGCGAAAUGGAAUUCCGGCCAGCCCGCUUCAACGUGACGGUGGGCCUGACGAACCGCACCAUUUCAGUUUCCAACCCCGCCCGAGAUGGCCGCGGCCGCGGCGAGGUCGCCGAGACGGAUCCGUCCGGGCUCGUAACCCAGAUCCUCAUUCGCCAGUUCGAGCUGAUCGCGAACGACAUGACGAACCUGCACGAAUCGGUAGUGGCGGGCGCCCUGCUCACAAGCGCCCGGGCGUGGAAGCUCUAUCACAACCAACUCCACCGACGAGGCCGAGUACACGCUCCGGGGCGUGGAAAAUUCCCUGAUCGCCAUGGCGGACGACAUGCUCGCCCUGUACGGCGCGGCGCAGCUGAUGGUCGGGAAUUUCGAGCAGCGCACGACGGUCGGCGUGGCCUUGUCCGUCCUGAAGCUCGGGGUGUGGCAAGACAUUCUUUCAAGACAUCAAAUAUCUUGUGUACCAUCUAUUCCAGUGACGUGAUUCAUCUAGGGAGUGAUGUUGUGAAUUGUUGUGUUUGUAGUGCCAUCCGUCAAAGUUUUCAGGUCCCUAGCCGGGCUUUCCCAUGCCAGGCUCUAUCACGCAUGGAGACUACCAAUUCAGCAUAUAUGCUCUUCCUUCACGACCGGGCAUUAUCUUGUCGACGAGAGACAUUGCUCGGCGACACAAGCAGCACUAGUAGGAUUCACUGUUUGGUCCAUCUUUUCAACUCGCGGGACAAUAUGCGCCACUUGGGCGUCGUCGUUUACGCCCUUGCCGCCCUCCUGGCCGCGAAUGAGGCCACCGCCGCAGCUCUUGCCGUCGACGGCAGCGGCAGGGCGCCGAAUCGGCGGAACGAGAGGAGGUCCGCCGGAGAAGUCGGCAGUGGAAACAGUCGCUGCGAGCUGAUCGGGCGCAAUUCGCAUUACAUCUUUCUCGACUCCUGGGGGCCAAGCGAGAACGGGACUUCUGCCCCUGCCUGCGCCGUCGGGCUGCGCGAGCAGCUGGUGGCGCGGUGCUGCAAGCACGUCAACAACUGGGAGUGCCGCGCGGGAGGGGGGGAUGCGGCGCCAGGGCUGCACGUGGCUUUCACGUUUGGCAUCUUCUGCAAGCGGCCGGAACACUGCGUCGAGGACUCCAUCCUGGCUGCGGCGCCGACCGACUGGGGCGAGACUGUGAUCUUGUGCGAAUGA